ACUGAGUCUCUUAUAAAUAUAUAUAAGCGAUCAACGAAACGGGACGCUUCCCUUGGCCGCUCGCUCAGAAGCACUAGGAAAGCUAAGGCUUUUUAGGGUUUUCUGCUCUUCCAAAAUGACCAAGAGAACCAAGAAGGCGGGUAUUGUCGGGAAGUAUGGUACCCGAUAUGGUGCUAGUUUGAGGAAGCAGAUUAAGAAGAUGGAGGUCAGCCAGCACAGCAAAUACUUCUGCGAGUUUUGUGGGAAGUUUGCAGUGAAGAGGAAGGCUGUUGGUAUCUGGGGUUGCAAGGAUUGUGGAAAAGUGAAAGCAGGAGGUGCAUACACAAUGAACACUGCAAGUGCUGUGACUGUUAGGAGCACCAUCCGGAGGCUGAGGGAGCAGACUGAGAGCUGAAGUCUUUAAUUUUGACAUUAGCAAAAUCAGAAUGUAGUUCUUGGUGAAAGAUUUUGAGACACAAAGUGGGUUAUUGUUUUUGUUUUUGUAUGUCGUUAGAUACCUUGAUGCAGACAAACCAGAUUCCGCUGGUUAUUGAGUUUAUCAUUAGCGUUUACCUUGUUUAAUCA